GUGGAGGUGAGUAGAGUUGUAUAUAUGUUAUAUUUGUGCGAACUUAGCUCCGUUUGACAAGAGUACAUUAGCAGGCUAUAAUAUUUCAACCAGUUACAGCGAGGGAGACAAAACACCUGUGGCUGACACCCAGGCACCAGGCGAGGGAGGCUUGGUUGUUAAUAGCAGUAAAGAUAUUUAAUAUUUUGUUUGGCUCAGCUUGGUUUACUUUGUGAUAUGGUUGUUGAGGCUGGUUUGGUUAUUGAGGAUGCUAAAAGCGGACAAAGCAAUGCUACGAUUCUUCAGCAGCUGGUUGUGCUGGUUCUGGAAAAGACUCAGAACUUGGAACUGAUCCAGGCGACCUAUGAGAGGGAUAUGGAUGUUAUGCGACAGAAAUUAAACGAUCACGAAACAACUAUCACACUUUUGUCAGAGCAAGUAGAGGAGCUGUUUGCGCGGCUCGGUGGUCGGGCUAAAACAGAACCAUCACAAUUAGUGACGUCAUUAACAGAAGUAACUGGAACAAGCUCCCAAACCUCAGAAGAACCAAUAUCACCAGGUCUGUCGUCAUCACUUCAAGAUGUGUUUAAUCAGCUAGAGUUUCUUAAUGACAAAUCAAAUAAAUUGGAAUCAAUCAGCUCUUUUAGUGACGAGAAACACUCAUCUAGUCUUCAUAGCCUACAUUUCAACGAGGAUGAUCUAAACAGAGAGGUUGAAGCAGAAGAAAAUACACUGAUGAAACCGACUCCAAUUCUAGUCACGACUCUCUCUUAUGACACCUCAACCUACAAUGAUUCCACAAACCUGUCAGACUACAACGAGGAAGAAAUUGAAGAUAUUUUUGCAGAGGAAGGACUUGUCACCAAAUUAGAGAGCACGCCUCCAAUGACAUCACCCGCCGAGGAAACAUCCCCUCCUACAAUAAAAUCUAUGAAAAAGAAAGGUAUCGUGACACAGACCUUGGUAACAAAGAUUCCGAUAGUGCUUCAAGAAACUUCAAGUGAUGAAGAUCAGAGAGAAGAAAUUGAGAAAAGAGAAGAGAUUGAGGAGCGAAAAGAAAUUGAGGAGGGAAUAGAAAGAGAUGUUGAGCUAGAGCUAGAGGAGGAGGAGGCAGCGGAUGUAUUUGAUGAAACAAGCCUCCCCAAGAUGAAUGAAGCAACAAAAGAAAAUGAGGCAGCAAGCACUGAUUUUAAACUUCAAUAUCCUUGGACAAGAUCUGACACAUUUGAUGUGAUUCCGGUAGCACAGAGCUCCCAGAUAGCAGUUCCAGUAAAACCUAAAAGAGGGGUUGUUUCUCCCUUACAAUCACAGAGGCAUCCAACUGAAAGGGAUGAUACAAUUACUGACAUUGCACAAACUGACAAGGCUCCUUUGCAACGAUUCCCUACAGAAAACACAGAGCAGUCUUCCGAUCAUUCAACUUUUUCUCAAGUGAGCAGCAACAGAUCAUCGAGUUUUGACUACGAGGUUCAAUAUAUCGUGCCCCAAGUGUCUGAAGCUGAUUCUUCGGUUAAAACUGAGGAAACUGAAUCUGUGAUAAAAACAAUCUAUAAUGAUAAAUCAAGCAAGUCAACAGAUGAUGAAACAUUAAGUAAAAUAACUAAAGUAGGGGGCAGAAAUUUUAAUUUUGAGAAUGUAGAAGUUACUGUGAAGGUAUCAGAAGCAUCCAACUCAGAAAAUGAAGAUGAUAUUAUCACCCCACAGUAAACACUGACUUAGAGAAUCCAUGAAGCAUUAUUUUAAAGCUUAUUUACAUUUCACAUGUUUUGACAAUUAUUUCCAACUGCAAAGGCCAAGGGGACAGCUAAUUUUUUAGUUCAAGUAUUUAAAAAAUUGUUUAUAAAAACUGAAAUAAAGUAUAACUUGUUAUGAACUCACAUCACACUUUAUUCAUUCUUGUUGCCCUAUUAAUGGGUAAGUACUUAUUUCAUCGAACAAUUGACAAAUGUUUUUAGAUUAUUUACAGUAAUACAUUUUCAACUUUGAAGACCCAAAAUCGGUAACAUAGUGUAACU